UACCACCUCAUGUACCAGGAUCAUGUCACCGGCGGCGUCGUCGGCGGCCACCUCGCGUCCGACGACUUGAUCACGUGGCGCCAGCUCGAGCCCGCGCUCUGGAACGACGAGUGGUACGACAAGGGCAGCGUCUACACGUUCUCCGCGACGCUCGUCGACGGCGUGCCGACCAUCGUCUACCCGGGCAUCGCCUGGCCGAACUCGACGCUCGGCGACUGCGGCCAGGAGUGCUUCGCGCACGCCGUCGCCGUGCCGGCGAACCUGAGCGACCCGGACCUGAAGGACUGGGUCAAGCCCGACUACAACCCCAUCGUCGUCAACACGCAGCGCGACCCGUCGACGGCCUGGCAGACGUCGUCGGGCGAGUGGCGC